CCGCAAAUACUUCAUUCAUGUAGAAAUUUGUUGUAGAGUGUGGAAAGCAAUGCUCAUAACUUCUCUAAGCAGAAAAACGGAAUGAACGAGCAAAAACUAAGCACUUAAGUGCAGAUGUAGAAAGAAUCCGUUUUUCGCACUGUUCCCCUCUAAAUGAUUGUGAUAAGACUUCCUCAAAGUAGAGGCGGAGGAGCCAAAGUUUCUCCAACGAAAAAGUCAGUGAAUCUGACGAGCCCACUUCAACAACAUGUUCAAGGAACAUAUUGACUGUAAACUCUGUCCUUUUGCGUUGAUGGAAACAUAUAGUGCAGCAACCUUUCCAAACGAAAAUAAAACAAGAGCUCUGACGAAAAUAUUCCAAAAGAUUGCCCUCCGUUGCUCAGUAAGAGAUGUCGGCAACGUACCAGUCACUUAAACAGAUAUCUCUGAAGAGUAAGGUCUCAUUGAGAUAGUAAAGAGUCCAAAGAAGAAAAGUACUUUUCCUGGAAUCAGUCCAGACUGCCUUUGAACGAAAGCUGUAUCAAACAAAAAUCUUACAAUUAUUUCUUCAUAAAUAGCUUAAAGAAGUUAUCGCUCUCUUUGUGGAAAACUUCUUAGUUUCCCGAUAAACUCUGUCGACACUAAAAACCUUCGCAAUAACUAAUCAUUAACGAUAAUAGUGACUUGUGGUCCAGCUUCAUAUCAUCAAUGGUAUUCGUCAGUAAUUCUGUUUUACGUAGCACACACUCGUUUACUGCGAACACUCAGACCAGUAUUCCUGGAUACUUUCUUUCUGUUAAGAAAGACCAAAAGCCGGUAACUGGAAAGCUUCCUGUGAAAAGCAAACACCGGUUGUUUUCGAAACGACUGACAGCUUGCACAGAAAGCCGAAGCGAAAAAAGUCAAUGCAUAACAGAAGAAAAGCUGAUUAGAGAAGUAACUGAAGUUAUUUCUGGUAUCGAUAUUAAAGUUAGAUUAACUUCACUGGGUGGUCGCAAACGCAGAAUUUCGGGUGGACUCGAUAUUGAAGCUCCGGUAAAACGAGUUUGGGACAUUAUGACCGACUAUGAAAAACUUCCAGAUAUUCUCCCGAAUAUUGUUGAGAGUAGAGUUAUUCAUGACACGGUUGGAAAUAAGCAGGUAGAACAGGUCAUUCUCCUUUCAAGGACUUUCAACAUUAGAAGCAGAAUUUUGGUUGAAGUCCUUGAAGACUAUAUGAAAGCACUACGUUUUUUAAAGAUACAAAGCCGUGAUUUUGAAGAAUUCGAUGGUAACUAUCGAUUUAGCGAAAUUGAAAGCGGUUUUUGCCGAAUGGAAUAUAGCCUAGACGCUUCACCCAACUUGCUUUUUCCAAUAUCUUUGGUAGAGAGGAAAAUUUUGAAAGAAGUACCACAACUGCUAGCAAAUAUCAGAGAAGUUGCUCUUUAUGGUGAAAAGGAGGAAAAUGGCUUAUAGUACAGAAGCUGAUAGAAUAUGAAUUUAUGCGUUCUUGGAGACAGCCCUAUUUGCUUAAGUUGACAACAACGCUUUGAAAUUACUUUGUUUGGGAUUUGAAAUGAAUUCAAAUGAUGUUGUAGUCAAAUUGGUUAGUUAUCAAAAGCAAAAUUUGGAUAUUGAAAUGGAAAGUUUUUGUCAAUCUUUUUCCGUGGUUUGUUUACUGAACUAUUUCCUUUGACUUGUUACAUGCACUUUAUCUUCAGUAUUCAUGUUUUCACGUACAUUGUCGUUCUUCUUGAGUAUUUGGAUGUUCAACAAUUGACUGUUCGCGGAGGAACUGAACCACAUUUAGAUCAUGGUUUAAACAAAAACAGCCCAAAAAACUUUCUUCAUUUGUCGAUGAAGCUUGGAAACUAGCGCCGAAAUUUUGUAAAUACUUCCUCCGAAUGUAAGGUGUCGCUUGGUCGAUAUCUUGGAACAAAAGCAAGUUCGAUCGACAUAUGAGGUUUCUGUAUACAGUUGGACUUCUCCUCAAAGAAAACGGAGAGCUUUUUG